CCACCAUAUUAUGGCGAGGAGAAACAGGAUGAGUAACAAUUAUUAUUAUUAUUAUUAUUUUGUUGUAUUUCCCGUUUAGUCUAUUUCGCUACAAACGUGACGCUACUCGAGUUUUAAAUACUCAUUCUUUUCCAGUUCAGUUUAUUCAGUUAUGCCAGAAUAAGUGAACAUAACGUUAAAAAAAAACUGGUGAUUAAUAGUAAUCUAUGUGAUAAAUCAGGGAUAUUAUCAGUAAAAAGGUCAUCUCAACGAUGUCUAUUGCAAAAGUUUCAGUGGAAAAGUUCAACAGUCCAGAACAAAUUCUCUUCGAGUUCGACAAGGAUGACACUCUGGAAAGCAACGUUGCUCGCAUCUGCAACUUGGUGGGUCUACCGAAGACUUACGUCUACGGAAUCAAGUAUCAACCGACAAAGACCUGCGAUAAAAAUCAUUAUUUAUCAGAAAACAACGUGCAAGACCUUAAGCACUCUGACUGCUUAAAAAUCGCCUUUUCCUUGGAGUUCAUAAUAAGCCGCACGAAAAUGAACUUAAAAAAUGAAGAUCCUGCCAUGCGCCAAAUCGCUUUCGAUGAUAUUUGUAAACUGUGUGAAGAUCCGGUUUUUAUUGAAAAACUUGGCGAAAGUAAUGGUGAUAAAGUUAUAUUGGAAGUAUUUUGCAAUGACGAAGGUUUAACACCAGAGGAACGUGUUGCACUGUUAAGAACUGUGGUGCAUCUGUUCACCAAAGGCUACAUCCAAGACACCACACAAAAUAUUCUUCAAAAGGCUUUUGAUAUAUUGAAGAGCUUCAACCCUUUAUUAGAUGAGAUAAAAUUUACUCUUUUACUGUUGCAAAAUAUACUGGUGAACCCUAAUGAAAACUUUACAGAAUGGAAGCAAAUCAUUAUAAAAAAUUUACCACUCCUAAAACUCACUCCAUAUGUGUGGCAAAAGGCCCAACCAGAUCUACAAUAUGCUAGUCUACGUCUCAUAAACACUUUGAUCAAAAUAUCUGAUCAUCAAAAAAGGAGGGAACUGAUUAAGGAAAUGAAUUUAAAGCAAAACAGAGAAAACAUGUAUCACCAUAUCAUCAUGGAGAGAAACUAUGGUAAGGAUAUGGAACAUGAGUUGUACAUACUACAAUUCUACUUACUAAGCUUAUUCAAUGAAGGAUUAAACAGUAAGAUCUGCAUAGACAAUAACACAUUCUUCACAAGAGACGAGUUUGAGUUAAACCCAAACGACCUAAGACCGCCAACAAUCUUAUUGGAUUUUGAAGAAGAAAUUGGUGCCUCACGUUAUUCAGGCUUCAAUUAUGAACAACUCCAACAAUAUCCAAGAAAACCGUCUCUACCUAACAAAGACUGCAUAAGCCAUUUAACUUUAGAAGCUCUUCGGUACUAUAGAAAUGCCCAUGCUAAGAACUUUCAGCAGUCUCAAAUCGAAGAGCAAUUAUACGAACCUGGAAUCUUCAUCACCAGUGAGAGGGUCGUAAAUAUGUUGGCCGAGAUGUUUCAUAUUGGCAAUGCGACCCCAUGUGAGCACAGCACCUUUUACCAACCACUGGUGUUUUACUGUCCAGCAAGAACUCCAUUUUUAUUGGAAAUAUUCUCACAUUGCAUGUGGUUACUAUCCAGGACCAGGAGGGAGAUGAAGGUGGCCACUGGUGUAGACUAUGAAAAGGUUAUGUACAUUCUAAAGAAGCAAGUAAAGUCAGCUUUGAAUACUAAGCCAAAGAACUUCAAAAGCCUUGCUGCAGAACUGAGCAACACCACUUUUAAGUCUGUUAUGGAGAACAAGAGAAUAAGUGAAGAAAAAGAGUUGCAAGUCCUCAUAGAUACUCAUCCAUGCAUUCAAGAAUUGAAACAAAAACUCCUCAAGGAGAAUGAGGAGAUCGUACUGAAACAGCGCCUAGGAAUUUUAAUGAAUGGAGCUCCAUUCUCUCGAGUACUAGAAAAAAAGCUGCAACAAAGAGUGUACAUAAAGCUCAGUAAAAAUAAAAAAGAAUUACAAGUGUUCGAUCAAGCACACAACCUCAAAGAAUCAUUACUGGUAUCGGAUAUAACUCAUAUAGUGAUUGGAAAAAACUGUGACCAUGCCAACUUAGCACCAAAACCCGAUCUAGCGUUUUCCAUAAUUAUCAAAAUAGUUGAAGAAAAGUUGAAAUGUGUGGCAAAAGAUGAACAAACCGCUUGCUAUUGGACCGACGGGUUACUUUUACUGUUGAACCAAGGCAGACCUGAAAAGUUGAGUAAGUACUACUCGGAGGAAUUGGAGCAACUUGUGGCCAUGGAUGUACGAUUGCAAAUUUUGGAGUUGCAAAAUAUUUCCAUUCCUAAUGCUCCUCCACCGGAACCACCUUUACCUCAAGUUUUAAUACCUGAAUCAGUGUUAUAGCAGUAUUAUGUAUAUUUUGUUGUCAUGUGAGUUUUUUAUGCAAUUGUAUUGGUUUUGUUUUAUCUGUAAUAUAUAUGUAAGAAUAAUAUAAACAUGAAGUAAAUCUCCGCCAGCUUUUUCCUCCUAAGAGAGAGAUAUCUUAAUUAAGAUUAUGAAUUGUUAGUAUUUCUUUAGUUGCUGAUACUAGACUAUUUAUUUUUCUCCAAUAAAGACUGAUUAUCCUCAGGUCAUCGCCUAAAAUUCAGUGAAGGAUUAAACAGUAAAAUCUGCAUAGGCAAUAAAUCAUUCUUCACAG